GAGCUGCGGCUCCUCCAGUUACUUCUCCGAUCACUCGCCCAGUUUCCCUUCGACAGCCCCAUUAAUGGCACUCUCCUCAGACCGCUAGCUGGAAGCCCACUAUGCAGACAUACACCGAACAACUCGUGUUUUGGAUUGGUUUUAGCAAUUUCGUAAAGAUGCGUGUUCCUCCUGUGUUGUGAAACGGCGUGAAAAAGCAGAACGCAGAAGAAAACAACCAGAGACGGGUCUGAUCCAACUGUUAGCCUUGUCGGAAGUCUACGAAAAUGCCGGAGGUUCGGGACCUUUCUGAAGCUUUGCCAGAGAUGUCUAUGGACCCAAUCACUGGAGUCGGAGUAGUCGCCUCCAGGAACAGGGCACCCACUGGAUAUGAUGUGGUCUCUACAACAACAGAUGGUCUGGAUGCUGACCUGUGGAAAGAUGGCCUUUUUAAAUCCAAGGUGACACGCUACCUCUGCUUCACCAGAGUGUUCUCGAAAGAAAAUAGCCAUUUAGGCAAUGUUCUAGUGGACAUGAAGCUGAUUGAUAUAAAGGACACUUUGCCUGUGGGUUUCAUCCCGAUCCAGGAGACUGUUGACACUCAGGAGCAAGCCUUCCGAAAAAGACGGCUCUGCAUCAAGUUUAUUCCCCGGGACUCCACAGAGGCAGCCAUCUGUGACAUCCGCAUCCUGGGACGCUCCAAGCAGGCUCCUCCUCAGUAUACCUUUAUAGGAGAGCUCAACAACAUGGGAAUCUGGUAUCGCAUGGGGAAUGUACCUCGGGCCCAGGACUCCACACACACACCAUCUACCAACAACAUUCAGAAUGUGAACUCCUCCUCCAGCUCAGCUCCAGUCCCAGCAGCUCCGAUGCCCAAGCAUAUUUCCAUGACCCUCCCUGCCAGCUUCAGAGGGAAGAACACAACCAGACCAGACUAUGAGCACCAGAACUCCAACCUUUAUGCUAUUUCAGCAAUGGAUGGGGUGCCUUUCAUGAUCUCCGAAAAGUUUGCCUGUGCCUCAUCUGAUCUGCAGCAGGUGGAUCUGAUGGGCAUUACAAUCAAGUCACUGGCUGAGAUCGAGAAAGAGUAUGAUUACAGUUUCCGCACAGAGCACAGUGCAGCAGCUCGACUGCCACCCAGUCCAACGCGGACCUCCCUGAGCUCCGAGGCCUGAGCAUCCCCUCUAGCAACACCCUUGCCCAUGGACACCUGCAGGAGAGACCUGUACACAACUACUGAGAACCUGCCCACAGCAGUGAUUCCCCACCUCUCCAAGUUAACUGACUGAGAAGAAAAAAACAACAAAAACGAUGCAUUUUCUAACUUCUGCGUGAUGUUGUGGUCUCUGUGUGUUAGUUGUACUAUUGAAAUAUAACAGAAACAUUGGAACUCGGUGGGUCAGGCUGAAACCACUACAUGCAGCAUUUUGUGCUGAAUGAAUAAUAGAGGAAUCCUGCUCAUAUUAUUUUUAAAUACUUUCCUUUAAAGAAUCAUAAGUGUUGAGCCCUGAUGACAGAAAAAAAACAGGCCCCCUCUGAAGGACUUAUUUUUAGCAAGAUAAAAGGAUUACAGAGGUACUUUGUUUUGACGGAGGGUAUCUGUUAGGCCUUUCCUAUUUCAAAUAACUGAGUCUGAAGCAGAUGUCAUAUUUGCCUUCCUUGUUUAUGACAUACCUGCUGCUCUGUUCUGAAUCAAAGCACCAGGAAGGCAAGUCAUGUGUUACAAUUACUAAAGCAAGCAAUGGGAUUUUUUUAUUUUUUUUGUUCAACUGUACUGGUGUUCUUUAUGGGAAAUGAGUCUGAUUGUUCUCUAGAUAUUACUGUAAUAUUCUGGUGUGACUGUGAGUGCAUUUUGUGUUCGGGAAUUUUAAAUGUGCUUCCUGUUUGCCACAAAUAUUCUGUUAGCCACUCCUUCACUUUCUCUGAGCCAGCAGCUCGGAUGACUUCUAGAACCACUGUUACAUAUUAAAGCUUUCUAAAGCAAGGCGCAGGUUACACUGCUGCACUGCACAUACCACUAUUGUGACUGUUGUCAACCGUAGCUAAUAUACAUUGAGCUAUUAACAUCAGAAUUUUGAUACUGAUACCAAACAAAUAUCUUUUUAAUACCUUACUGCUUUUUUUUUUUUCCUUUGAAAGAAGAACAUUCAGUUUUUGCCUCAGCACACCCCAAACACGUUUUGGUUGGUACCAAAAAAGCAUUAAGUUUUGAUACCCAACUCUUUACAGUAUCCUAACUAUUUGUACAGUUUUACUUUCUUUAUGUUUAACAAAGAUUUUGCAGCUUAUGUAUUGGCUGCAAAAGUGCUCUUCUUUUUAUUUGAUUACAUUGGUUACAUGUGAGAAAACGUGUCUGUAGUGUAUAUUUUUCCUUCGUAACAAUGAUUGAGCUUCUUUACUUUCUGCCCUUAAAAAGAAAAAGCUAAACAUGAAAUAGACAUGUAAAAAACUUCUAAUGAGAGUGAUGGAAUUUAGACACCAAGAAUGGGUCGCUGCUCGGUAUCUGAACAAACCUGUGUUUUUAUUUGUCCUCAGUGCAUUUAUAACCUCGAGCUUCAUUUCAUUCAAGUAAUUUAUAGAUUUGUUGUUGAUUUUGACCUAUUGUUCUGUAAGAUCAGUUGUUGAGUCUCACUGACAGUAACUUCAGAGCAACAUUGAAAACAUUUUUUGCCAGGUUCAGACCACACACCUGAGCAAGGUGAUGGGCCUUGUACAAAAGACCAAGGGUGGUGGGACCCAAGAUGGCUGUCAGUUACAACCGUUGAGGAUUUGACUCCGUGUGGUGUGCCAUACUUGAUGGCAACAGAUCCAGCAUCAGCGCAGUGGAUGAUGUCCUGACAAGAAGAAUUGAUUUAAGUUGUGUUUGCUUCUUAUGUUAACUUCCGCUGUGUUCAGUGAUGUUGAAGCAUUGAAGUGAAAGAUUAAGAUAAAAGAAAAGAAAAAAAAGAAAGAAAACAGUCAUCUGUUCAGGUUUUUCAACAUCCAGUAUCAGACACAUCAGUGGAGACACCACUGUUUGUUCACUUUUUUUGCCUGAAGCCCCAAAUCCUCCUUUUUAAGAUGACAAGCUGUUAAAGGUUGGGCGCUGUUUAUAGUCUAUUAAAUGUCUCCGCCAAGUCAUAGAAAGAUGCUAUAACUCUACAAGACAGAAAUGUCCCAUAACCUGAAGACAGUUCUGUCUUUAUAAAGAGAUGUGACUCUGUUGUUGUGAUGAAGGCACUGAUCCACUUCUACGUGACAUAAAAUAUGCAAUGUGAGCCAAUCUGGUAGAAGUUCAUCAUGAGAACCGGCCUCAAGUUGCUCAGCUGUUGCUGUUUGAGGACUCUCCAUUGUUUGAAUUUUGACUUUUGUUUAAAAGUCCACAGAAUCUGUGAUGUACGGAAAUUGGCUAUAUAUGAAUUUUGAGUUCGCUUCAGAAAGGUGUCUGUGUGUUCAGGUUGCCUUUGACUUUCUCUUAAUGCAUUAACUAAAUCCUUGGUGUUACAUAAAAGAUCAUGUUUUAUUUUGUUUAUGUUACAGUUUCAUGCAGCUCAUGUUACAAGAAAACCUGUUUUGUUAUUCUGCAAUCUUAUUAAGUCAUUAAUGCACGGAGUAGGUCUUGUUGCUUUAUGUUUGUUUGUCUAAUUUAUUAGUCAUUUCAGUAUUGUGACCAUGUUGUCUCAAUGAUUGUUUUGUUUUCAGAAAUGUAUCAUAUAAGAACUGUCAUUUGCACUGCUGACGUGAUCGAUGAGCUGAAAAGAUAAAUUGCUCGUGUCCAUGUGAAGCUCUGUAUCUGAGCUGAGUGUAUCUGCCUGCUCUGUGAUAAACUACACAUGUAUCAUUUCUUAGCUCUAGUGUUCACCUACAGCCAGUUUUGAUGAAACAUUUAAUAGCUAACUAAUAAGCCGUCUGCAUUAACAACAAAUAAGAAUCCUGCUUUGAUGUUUCUGUUAGUUUUCAUGCAUGGUGACAUGAUGAGGUGUCAGAGGUUUCAGUACGACACCUAUUUUUUGUAGGUUAAUGAUUAAAAGUCACAGAUUUUGUCCCAUAAAUAGAUUUUAUUCACAAAGAAUGAACAAAACUGUGUCAGUUGAAUUUGUAAUAUGAGGGAGUUUCAUUAAAUUGUGAUGAACUGUCAAA